CCAUUGGAGAAAAGCAUGGCCUGCCCCCCCCCUUCCAGUGCCUUUCACAAGGUCGUCGCUGCUGACUGCAAUACCCGGAUGUUGGCUUGGCGCGCAUGCGCGGCGCCUCUGCAGAAGAUGGAGGCGCAGGAGUGGAGCUCGAGAGAGAAGGAUGGCGACGAAGAGGAAGACGCGGCCGAGGAUGGGAGCGGGUUCACCUUGGAGGAGGUGCUGCGCCUCGGCGGGACGAAGCAAGAUUAUAUCAUGCUUGCUGCUUUGGAUGAAGCAGAAGAACUUGUGGAUGGUGGCAAAAAAGGAGCAAUUGAUGAUCUAAACCAAGGUGAACUGGAGGCGUUUAUAAACUCUCUAGGUGUCAGCAAAUAUUCAGAGAAAUUCCUUGUGGUGGAAAAAGAAGAAGAGGAGGGAAUUGAAGUACCAGAAGAAGAAGAAACACACAAAAGAGAAAAAGUCAAACAAAAAGAAGUAAACAUACCUAAAGUAAAAGAAGAAAAUCAAGUGAAAGGAAGUAGAGCAAAAAUACUGUCAAGUAAUGCCAAAGAUAGUAAAAAAAAGUUGGUUUCUGGUAAUAAAGAGAAGAGUGUUUUGUUGCCGGGAACAAAGAAAACAAAAGAACAAGAAGCUUUUCAGUUUCAUGAACGACAAGCAUUGCUGAUAAAACCAGGAGGCAAAUGGUAUGAUCUGGAGUAUACCAACGAAUUUUCUACUGAUCCCCAAAAUCCAUCCCUUGUUUCUAAUUACAAAGCCUUGGCCCAGAAACUGUACCAACAGGAAGCAGACCUGUACAAGAACAAAACAAAUCUGCAAAAAGGAUCUUCAUCUGCUUGGAUGAAAACUAUUGUAUCAUCAGGUACUCUUGCCGACAGAAUGGCUGCCAUGACUCUUAUUAUCCAGGAUGCUGCCAUUCACUCACUUCAGCUUAUAGAGACCCUAGUGAGUCUGAUCAAAAAGAAAGGCAGCAGAAGGCAGAGCUUAAUAGCCUUGGAUACUUUCAAAGAGCUUCUCAUAACACAUCUUCUGCCAGACAAUCGUAAGCUAUACAGUUUCUCUCAGCAUCCUUUUGACACUCUGGAGCAGCUGUCAAGUGGCAACAGGGAUUCAAGGGACAGGCGCCUGAUCUUGUGGUACUUUGAGCAUCAUUUGAAGCACUGGGUGGCUGAAUUUGUGGAAGUGUUAGAGUCACUGACUCACGAUCCCUUGGUGGCAACAAAAGGUCGAGCACUUACUGUUGCUCAUGAACUUCUCUGUAAUAAGGUGGAGCAAGAGAAGGCUUUUCUUGUGCAAUUGGUGAAUAAAUUGGGAGAUCCUCAAAACAAAGUAGCCACAAAAGCAUCUUAUCUCCUAGAAACUUUGCUUCAUAAACACCCCAACAUGAAAGGAGUAGUGUGUAAUGAGGUAGAGAGACUUCUCUACAGGUCCAAUAUAAGCCCCAAAGCGCAGUACUAUGCAAUUUGCUUUUUGAACCAGAUGGUUUUGAGUCAUGAAGAGUGUGAAUUGGCUAACAAGCUCAUAAUGCUCUACUUUUCCUUUUUUCGGUCUUGUAUCAAGAAAAAAGACGUUGAGUCUAAAAUGCUUAGUGCUCUGUUGACAGGGGUGAAUAGAGCUUACCCCUAUGCCCAGGCUAGCAAUGAAAAAAUAAAAGAGCAGAUGGAUACUUUGUUUAAAGUUCUGCACCUUGUGAAUUUCAGCACUAGCAUUCAGGCCUUGAUGUUGCUGUUCCAAGUGAUGGACUCAAAUCAGACUGUGUCUGACCGGUAUUACACAGCCUUAUACAGGAAGCUGCUGGACCCAGGAUUGGCAUUAUGUGCCAAACAGUCAAUGUUUCUCAACCUUGUCUACAAGUCUUUGAAAGCUGAUGUGGUACUGCGGCGAGUGAAAGCUUUUGUGAAGCGACUGCUUCAAGUUACAUGUGGACAAAUGGCACCAUUCACUUGUGGAGCUUUAUAUCUUGUGUCUGAACUUCUGAAAGUAAAACCAGGCUUAAGGGUGCAGCUGCAGGAUCAUGUGGAAUCUGAUGAGGAGGAGCAUUUUCAUGACCUUGAAGAAGCAGAUGAGAAUGAGGGAAACCUUGUAGAUGCUGAUAAAGAAGUCAGAAGAAAAACAAUGGAAGAGGUAUUGAACCCUCAUGACCCAGUUUCAGAAGCAUCGUGGGUACAUCAUCAGAAUCUAGAAGGUGGCAAAAAUAAGAGUGACUAUGACCCAUUACAUCGAAAUCCUUUAUACAGUGGAGCUGAUAAAACUAGUUUUUGGGAAUUAAAGAAGCUUUCAGAACACUUUCAUCCAUCAGUGGCCCUUUUUGCAAAAACUAUCCUAGAGGGUAAUUAUAUUGAAUACUCAGGUGAUCCUCUACAGGAUUUCACACUAAUGAGAUUUUUGGAUCGUUUUGUUUACAGAAACCCAAAGGUUCAUAAAGGCAAAGAAAACACAAGCAGUGUGGUAAUGCAACCAAAGAAAAAACAAUCCAUGAAUAAUGUGCGAAAUCUAGCAGUUAAUAGUAAGGAGUUUCUUGCACAAGAUGAAAGCAAAAUUCCAGUGGAUGAAGUUUUCUUCCACAGAUUUUAUAAGAAGAUAGAUAAAGAGAAGGAGAAAAGGAAGUCCAUGAGAGAUGAUGAAAGUGUUGAAGAUGUGGAUGAUGAUGAGUUUGAAAGAGUAUUAGACUCAUUUGAACAAGAUGGUUGUUUUGAUUCAGAUGUGAAGGAUGACCUUAAUUUUGCUGGAAAUAUAAAAAGCAAGGGAAAAAAGAAAAACCAAGAUGAAGAGGAAGAUUGGGAAGAUUCUGAUGAGGAUGAUUUUGAUGACCUUGAUGAUGAGGAAGUUUCUCUAGGAAGCAUGGAUGAAGAGUUUGGAGAAGACAUUGAUGAAGAGGGAGGAACUUUCAUGGAUGUGUCAGAUGAUGACAUGUCAGAUGAAAACAAAGAGCAAGUCAAGCCAGUAAAUAUGAAAGGCAAAAGAAAAAAAGAAAUUGAUUUUGCUACAUCAGUUAAAGGAUCAAAGGAAGGCAAGAAAAGAAAGAUAGAUACUGGUGUGCUUGCUGCUGCAGAAGAAUUUGGAUACUUACUGGAUGAAAAUAUUGGGUCCAAAUUUGACAGUAUUGGGAUGAAUGCAAUGGCAAACAGAGAUAAUGCAAAUUUGAAACAGCUCAAGUGGGAGGCAGAGCGUGACAAGUGGAUUCACAACAGGGAUGCAAAAAGUAUCAUCAAGCAGAAAAAGAGGUUUGGGCACAGAAUGCUGAAAAACAAACACAGAAGCAAAAAGUACAGAAAAUGAAUAUAAAACCAUUUAAUAUAAACUAUUUAAAAAUGUGUUUUACUUACUUCUAGUUUUUGUUGCUUAACCAUGUCUCUUGAUCUUGCUCUCUUUUGCCAUAAAUACCAGACCACUCAUUACUUUUGUAAUAAACUGUGAAGAUAAAAGUCUUAUUUUAAUAAUGGCAGAAUAAAGAUGGAUUUUUCACUCUA